AAGAUGAUUUUUACCUACUACUUCAGUAUUUACAAAUUUGAAGUGCGCUGUGCAAACAUGCUUUUCAUCAAAAAAGUUUUAUUUUUAUUGUGGCAUAAUGGGAAGCUAAUUAAGGCAUAGAAGCACAGAAAGAACACUUUGGGGGAGAGGAGAAGCUGUCAUUAAGUGCCGGUUCUGAAGAGAAACAUAUGCUGUGUUAGAUUUCUUACACCUAACUACAUAGUUUUAACUUUACACAUCACAAAAACCUUGCACAGUUUUGCAACCUUGCCAAAUCAAUUGUGACUUAACAAAAAUAUGUUCAGUAUUUGCAAACCACAGUUUUUUUCUGCUAAGAACUAAUUGCUGCCGGACUAAGUCUUUCGUAUUAUAAAUACAAACACUAGGUUUUUUGAGUGUUGGGUUUAAAUGUAAUUGUAGUACUACACAAAGAAGCAAGACUGGCUCAGCUACAUCAGGUAUCGCAAGCUAGGCAUAGUUAAGAUUUUUUUUUUUAAGACAUAAAUCCAUUAUGGUACUGACUUUCAAUGACAUCGUAUAACAAAUUCUGUCGUAAUCUUUAUUUCUCUCAGGGCCGAUAUUUCCUCAUCAUCAUCAUGUCCUUGCACAGAACUCACUUAUUCUAUUAGCUUGUUAUGAUAGCUUGUUUGCAACUCUUCCUCUCCUUGAAUCAAUUAUACUUCUAAUUAUCCAGUUUGUUCUUGUAGAUCCUACUAGUUGAUACCAAACAGAAAAGUGUCACGCCAGCCAAAAGUUAAGUAUGCAAAUUUGUACUUCAUUAAUUGCUGUAUUUGCCACCUCCCUCAAGCACAGAGAUCACCUACUUUUAGCUUGAGGGAGGUGACCUACCUCUGUACUUCCUAAGCUCAGGGUUGUAACCCUAAGAGUGACAUUGCCAGCAAAAAAACAAUACAUCUUCCAUGGCUUGCUUCAUCAAUAAACAAGAAAUCAAAAUUUACAAAGCAGGAAAGAACCAUUAUUUCUACUUUUUAUAGGUAAAAUACAAAUAAUUUAAUACUUGCCCACAAGAAGAAUCUGCACGUUCUGAAUCCUAUUCUAAAUUUUUAGACCCUAAGUUUUAAAGACCCUUAAAAAAGAUCCUACAUUUUUAGACUUGUGCUUGUUUAAGACCAAAUAUCUUUACAUUGCUAGGUUUUCUUUCAAUAAAAGUUCUAUAAACAGGCUUUAUAAUCCAAAAAAUGUACUUUGAAACUUGCUUUGGACAAGUACAAUGCAGUAUAAUAACCAUUACAAAGGGAAUUAGAAAUUGAACGUUACUAUUUUAAUGCAUAUUUGUGUCUGCAGCCACUUUGCUAGAUGUUGAUCUACCCUCUGAACUGCUUUAUCAGCAAAUUAGAAAACAGAAAUUUGUACCAAAUUCACUUCUUCCACAUUUCCAUGCUGCUCUAAGAAACCCAUGCUUCCAGAGGAACAACUUAUACGAGCUCUAGAUUUCCGGAACAAGUUUUGUGCUCGCCCGUACUUACCUUCGUAUAUUAUAUCCCCAGAAAGAAAAAAAAUUCUUCUCCGGGAUAUCUUAGAAGUUAGAUGGCCUGACCCCGCUACUGCUGAUCUGACAACAUGUAUAAAUAAUGGCAAUGUGAAGAUCUCAUCAGUAGAUGGUUAUGCUCACCUUUACCUGUCAGAAUUGCAGCAAGAGUUUACAGUGGAGUUCUUAUGCAAAGUUAGUCAACCAUCUGCAUCCUUAUGCUCCUCUCAAAAAAACAGUAAUUAUCAACCCAAAAAUCAGUGUGGACAAUCAAAUAAAAAUGCUGUUCCAGAAACGUCAUCAAAACAAAUGAGGACAGAGACUAAGAAGAAUGAACAUGGUUGUGCUGAAAGUAAAUACAGAGAACUAACCAAAUCAAAGGACCAAGAAGACAGAGACGAAGUAUCUUUGUUCCUCACAAGUUGUUCUUCUGAAUACGCAUGGGUUACACAGUGUUGGUCUGUUUCCUCAUACCCAGAAGAAUGGAAAUACCCUUUGUCAUUGGCAUUAAUGUGCUAUAACUUACUCACUCUUAACAAUCAGAUGGAAACUUGUGAGGAAAAUAACCAUUUAUCUAUAGGUUCUGAUGUUUUAAAAGACUCUGAAACAUAUGAAACAGUUUCUUGUUUGCCUACAGCUUUGCCACUCAGCUGCAGUGCACCACAUUUACACAGGUGGAGUUUCUGUGACUUCUUUCAACAGAAGAAUGAAGAUAGUGAAAAGCAUUCAUAUCCUCAGCUAAUUCAAGUUGUAUGGUACCAAGGUGUUUUUUACAGGUUUAUCCAUGGUAGUACCAACAUUGCAGAAAUUUAUCCUGAUGAUGGCACCUUUUUCAAGUCAGAAGGAGCAUUUUUGGGAAACUACUUCAAACAUUAUGCAAUUCAGAAAGGAACAAAAAAGCAGGGUACUAUGUGGGGACACAAUCUAGGACGUGCUGGUUUUGGUCCUGGUUUUGCCACAGACCAGCUGUUUAGUGCUGGAGGAGUGAUUUUCACCUCUCUCUGUCUGUCUUGUCUGUCUAUUAGAGAAGAAAAGAUGUAUUCAAUAAACAGUCUACCGCCUGAUAUACCAGGAAGUCCAUACUCUAUAUCAUCCAUUAUUACUCAGGCAACCAAAAUACUUCAGUACUGCUACAAGACUAAACUUUCAUUAACUCAUAACUAUAGUAUCUGCUGCUGGAAAAUGAUACCUGAGACAGAUGGACGCGAAAUGUUGCCAUUUUUGCUGGCUGAAAAAGUUAUUCCUGGAAUAGGAAGACUUGUUGUAUAUUCAGAUAAUAAAGUCCAUGCUAUGUUUUGGGAUGGGAUGACCUUUAAUAUGGUCUGGGAUUUCAGCCCUGGCUGUAGAAGGAUCCAGGUACAUGAAAAUGUAGGCUGGUGUAAGUUAUCUACUCCUGAUGGGCUACAGCAGCUAAUCCAAAUGAGUCGUCCUGGAAUCUAUGAAAGGUACAUCAGAACAGUAAUAGAAUGGUGCAGAAGUUUGAAUGACAGGGAGGAGGCUCCUGAAUAUACUGCAUGCUCUGUAAAUGAAGGAAACUGGUCUGCUGAUGCUGAGCUUGAAAAAAUACAGAGAUUUAACUUUUUAUUGGAGAAUAGCAAUGUUCUGAAAAGAACAUCUGCUGCAGAAAACAAUCUGCCUGGUACUACUGUCAGAAAAAUGGAGAAUGUGAGCACGCCUGAAGAAAUCAGCCAAGAGUGUGUCUUGGAGGCUUUGGAAAAAACUUCUAAAGUAAUUCAAGAUAUUGAAUCUCUGCUUGCUUCCUCUGGGAAGUGAAGCUUCACAGCAUUUGAAGACCUGUCUUAAUUAUCUUCAUAGGAGCUGUCCCACAAAUUUCAUGUCUAAUGAGCUUUUCAGGUGCUGGAGGAAUGAAGGCCCAAGCCCUAGUAGUUGAGAGCCUUUUCAGACAAGCAAAAUGUGUAAUCCAUAGUUAAUCAUGUGGAUAGGUUAAAAAGUGGUAGAGCAGUAACAGGACACAGCUGUUUAAGUAUACAAAAGGCUGACGUGAUGGUGCAACUUUUUAAGUACGUAUGUUUGUGUUUCAGUCAUUUCAUUUUAUAGAGCGUUGCAUGAGCAACUUAAGUUUGGAACGGCUCAAGUGCCUGGGGCAGUCUUAACUGUAAAAAUGUGGCUUUAUUUAGAAGCUUACAGCAUGUUUUUUUCAGUACCAAAUAGAGCAGAAAGUUCCCCAAGCUAUUUUUACUUUACUGUUUGGUAAUAAAAUAUGUAUUUAUUUAAA